AUGGCUGAUGAGGUGGCAACCUGUAAUGGCCCCGACCCAGAAGCAAUUUUCCAAGUGAUAUUCAUCAAAGUACAGACCAGCCUAAGAGUACAUGAAGCAACUGAUGAAGUGGAAGAAGCAAGUGAGGAUGACACAGAAAUAUCAGGAACUCCAAAAGCAGAGGAUAUCAGGUGUCUGAUAAUGCAGUUGAAAGCAUUUGCUAUGGAAAAAUGCCCAGGUAUGCUGAGUGGUAAGGAUGGUCAAGUUUGUGAAAUUGUAAUCGAAGAUGUGAAUGAAACCACAGUGUGGAUAACGAAGAAGGAAAAGUCAGUAAAAAAGCCAAAACCUCCCCCACCAAAACCAGAGAAGACGCCCCCUGACAAAGUAAAGGCAGCAAUAAAGAUCCAGGCCUGGUGGCGGGGCAUGCUGGUGCGCCGCACGCUGCUGCACGCAGCCCUCAGAGUUUGGAUUAUUCAGCAAUGGUGGAGGCGGAUGUUGAUAAAGCUGCUGUACAAGAGGCGCCGGGCAGCACUGGAGACCUACGCAAGGCAAAUAUGGGCAGCUGUCAGGCUGCAGUCCUGGGUCCGCAUGUGGCGCGUCCGGCAGCGUUACUGUCGCUUGCUCAACGCUGUCCGCAUCAUCCAGGUCUAUUGGCGCUGGCAUAGUUGUCAUUCCCGUGGCUUUUUCCAUGGUAGCUAUGAGCUCACAACAAGAAAGAUGAACCUUGAGCUUAACAUCUUCCUGGGAUCACAGAUUUGUCAGAUUAAAGACUGCAUCCCCUUCCCAAUAAAGAACUGA